CGUGCGCUCCCGGUGCCACAGGCCUGUCGGUUGCGUGUGAUUGCUGGCUGGCUGUUCGCUGCUUGCCUCAGCGUCAAGUGGAAACGUCCGCGUUCUCCCUCUCCGCGGCGGCGGGUUCUCCGACGAGUGAUUCCCUCGCAAAGCGUCACGGAGCCUCGCCGCCAAUCGGCGCCGGCAGCGCCUCUUGGCCUCUCCGCCUCCACCACCACUCCCACUCCAUACUUGGGCAAUGACGCAGCGGGCGCAUUCAAAUGGGGUCCCCAUAUAUACACAUUGGUGGCAGGGCCCGCGUCCCCAACGAGAGUCACUUGCCAGCCGGUGCUCACUUCGCGAGCAGAGCGCAUGAAGCGGAGCAGACACGCGGCGCGCAACCCCUGACGCCCGGCGACAGACAGAGGCGUGCAGCGGAGAGCCACGCACGCGGCGCCGGGGUCGCGCACUGUAGUUCGUGACGAGCUCGGAGGACAAGAGACGCGGAGACAAGGCCGGGGUGGGGGGGUGGGGGAGCGAACUCUCCACUGCGCAAUGACGGCGAAAGCUCUGGAGAAGGUGCCGCUGAAUCUCGGGGGGUUCGUGCAUCCCGCCGAGAGCGCGUACUCGGUGGAUGACAUCGCCGCCAGCAUGCCGACCUCUGUGGCGAUUUUCCCCAACGCAGACAUCGGAGCGCAUUACGACCAUAUUAAUAUGGGAGCAGACGGCUUGAUGAGCGCGGACAUGAGCGCAGAGAAGCGCUCCCUGGACCUCUCCGCCUACUCCGGCGGCUUCUCGCAGCCCGCGUCCCACCGCAACCAGACAUUCACCUACAUGGGGAAGUUCUCCAUCGACUCGCAGUAUCCAGGUAACUGGAACCCCGAGGGAGUGAUCAACAUCGUCUCGGGCAUCUUCAACGUGGCCCAGCCGCCACCGCCUCCUCCCCCCUCUUCCUCAGCGUCCUCCUCCCCGGCUUCUUCGGGGUCUCCCAAUCAUUUCUCCAGCGCAAAUUUGAGUUGCACCAUGGCGGCUCCGAACCAGGCAGAGAUGGACCAUCACCACCUCUAUUCCCCCCCGCCUCCUUACUCCUCCUCUGGCUGCGGGGAGGUGUACCAGGACCCCUCGGCCUUUCUUUCCACUUCCACCUGUCCAAUCGCGUCGUACCCGCCGCCCUCCUAUUCCUCACCCAAGCAGCCCGUCUGCUCAGACGCGCCGGGCCUCUUCCCCAUCAUUCCCGACUACUCGGGCUUCUUCCAGCCGGCAUGCCAGCGGGACAUGCACACGGCAGGUAUCCAAGACCGGAAACCGUUCGGCCCAUGUCCGCUCGAUUCAUUCCGCGUCCCCCCACCCCUGACCCCACUGAACACUAUCAGGAACUUUACGCUGGGGGGUCCGGGCGCAGGUGGUUCCGAGGGAGGGCCACCGAGGCUUCCAUCUGCCUACAGCCCACAGAACUUGCCCCUGAGGCCGAUCCUGCGGCCCAGAAAGUACCCGAACAGACCGAGCAAGACGCCCAUCCACGAGCGGCCGUACCCUUGUCCGGCGGAGGGCUGCGAUCGGCGGUUCUCUCGCUCGGACGAACUGACCAGACACAUUCGCAUCCACACUGGCCACAAGCCGUUUCAGUGUCGGAUAUGUAUGCGGAACUUCAGCCGCAGCGACCACCUCACCACGCACAUCCGCACGCACACGGGAGAGAAGCCGUUCGCCUGCGACUUCUGCGGCCGGAAAUUCGCCCGGAGCGACGAGAGGAAGAGACACACUAAGAUCCACCUGAGGCAGAAGGAGAGGAAGUCGUCCACUGUCUCCACCUCGUCCUCCUCCUCGUCCGGCAGCGCCGGGCUUGAGCGGUCGUCGGGCGUGAUCAGCGCAACCAACGGGAUCUGUCCAUAGUAAAAAAAAAACGACGACAACAACAACAACAACAACAACAACAACAACUUUGUUUUCACCGUGGUCGCGUGACGCACACUAAUACUCGAAUAAUGAUUCUCAAACUGUUGUGAACUCAAGAUAGCAGCCUGAAAACCAGGACGGGAAUAAACAAGAAAACGCGCGCGCAGUCGUGCGCAAUUGCGCAUCUUCAGCCAUUCCUGCUCCGGAAGUGACAAGAGAGACUUUCACGAAUGCACUUUGCCUGCACAGUCUACUGAACAUAAAAGUUAAUAUAGCCAUUAAUUCGUACGGAUAUAAUAGGGGGCGGUUGUGAUGAAGGGGAUUUUUUUUUUAUAUAAACAUCGCCACACUUACUGAGCGCGCAAGGAAAUGUGAAAUAAUUGCAAUAAGGUUUUAAAUAACGGAGGACGUUUUAAGUUAUUAAGUUGACAAAAGUGUCGCGUCUAACAUGUUCGUUGAUGACAAGAUCUCCCCUUUAGUGCCUUGCUGCGUUUGGUUUUGUACGUUGAUCCAAGGACGCUUCUAACGCAUUGUGAAUUUGUCUUGAAUAUGUACAGUGGAGACAUUUCUAUUUUUGUACACAUUUCAUGUAACUCCCGAGUGUUAAGCCGUUGUGGUCCACGUGUAGAAAACCAUGUUGGAGUGUAAAUGUGUUGAACUAAUACUGACUUUUGUUGUGAUGUGUGUUUUGAGACUUAUUAAAUCUGUGACGAUGCUAAACACA